GCACAUGUGUGUUCUUUUACGGUCGCUGCAACUGGCAAGGAAACAAGCAUCGCCUGAGGCUUUUCCAAAAGGAGGGAAAUUAGCAGCAGAGCGCAGAGCGCGCGUCCUGUUUGUGUGGAUUUUACCCUUUCCGACUCCGCGCUGCUCCUCGAGCCUUGGGGAUGUGCCGAGAUUCUACCAGCCCUGUCCUCCAAGUCUAGAGCUGCAGCGGGGAGAACAAACCCCUGGCGCCCAGCCAGGACUCUAACUUAGAGAUACCGCCCACUCGGCAGUCUUCUGUUUGUGUGCGUUGUUUGGGGGGGGGGUUGUGGUGUGUGUUCGUGCGCUGUAGGUUUUUUUUUUCUUCCCCUCUAACAAUUCCGGAUCUUCCUUCGUCGGAUCUUUUAAAUUACCGGUCAGUAACGCCCUCCGCAAAGCCUCGAGCAAGCCCAGGACAGCAUGUCUGGGAGCAAAUACGUAGACUCCGAGGACUUUCUUUACACAGCGCCCAUCACCAUCAGGGAGCAAGGCAACAUCUACAAGCCCAACAACAAGGUCAUGGCAGAUGAAAUGAACGAGAAGGAGUUCCAUGACGUUCACACCAAAGAGAUUGACCUGGUCGACCGAGACCCCAAGCAUCUCAACGACGAUGUGGUCAAGAUUGACUUUGAAGACGUGAUUGCCGAACCUGAGGGAACCCAUAGUUUCGAUGGGGUCUGGAAGGCAAGCUUCACCACCUUCACUGUGACAAAAUACUGGUUUUAUCGCUUACUGUCUGCCCUCUUUGGCAUCCCCAUGGCUCUCAUCUGGGGCAUCUACUUUGCCAUCCUGUCCUUCCUCCACAUCUGGGCAGUGGUGCCCUGCAUCAGGAGCUACUUGAUUGAGAUCCAGUGCAUCGGCCGAGUCUAUUCUAUCUGCAUCCACACCUUCUGCGACCCGCUCUACGAGGCCAUUGGCAAAGUGUUCAGCUCCAUCAGAGCAACAGUACGGAAAGAAGCAUAACUGACGUUUCGAGGAGCCUGAAGGGAGGGUCUUCUCCCCUCCCCUCCAUAUUUUUUUUUUUGUGCCAGUCCCAAGGCUACAUCAACGGUGAACAAAGCAACUGGCGCACGUCAUCUAAUGAAGCAGCCAACUUGAGUGCAGCAAAGAAUCACUUGCCCAAAUCUCCCCCCUACUUAAUCUCUCCUGGAAUUAUAUCUUCCCUUCUUUUUUCAGGAGGGAAUCUGCAUAUUUUUUUUUAAAGGCCAAAUAUAAAAAUUGCUCCUCUCCCAUUCCUAGCUGCCUAUUGUUUUGCUGACCCUUUGACGAACUGACUCAUGUUCUGCUUACCCUUUCCGUUCAUUUGUUGCAAGUUCAGUUCACAACGCUAUAAAAUAAAGAACCGAAACAUUGCUUUCCAGCGCUAUAACGCUGCCCUUGAUUUUACUGUGAGCGACAAAAAAAAAGGAUCUAAAAGCUAUUGCAGCAUAAUGGACGUGACAAACUGGCAGAUUUUAAAAGAAUGUUCUUUUUUCAGAUGUAUUGUCUGUCGACUGUAGCGCUUUACUGUAGUGGGCCACAUCUAACUGCUACACACAGAUAGAUCUAAGUAAAUAACUAAUAUAUAUAUAUGGUGAAGAGAGAGACACACAGAGAGAAAACAGAUGCCUUUAGGAUAGCGCCUUCAACCCAGGCAGCUGUCCCUACCCACAAGAUGCUACAGCUGUUGCUUCGCCUUUGAUUUGUUUUUGUGGUUCCUCCUGAAAGAUUCAUUGCAGAUCUUUAUCACAGGUCACUAAAAGGAGUACACAAGGAGCCACCUUAGUGCCUUUGAAUAUGGAAUCGUUCAUCUAACCCAAUGGCAUGAAUUCCAUAUUGGUGGAUCUUGCAUGUGACACACUAGAUCUGCCCGGGAUCGAAUGUGCAGCUUCGCAGGAAUGCACCACACAUGCUUCAUCAUCGAGGUGUGGUUCUGGCCGAUGUCAAUAGCCAAGGUUAGAAUCCAAGCCAGAAAUGCAUUGUGGAUUUGUUUUCUGGAACGGGGGUCCCCAUGUAAAACCAGCAAAUGUUCUGCGGCGCUGCCUGUACCGAAGGAUAAUUUAUCGCCCAAGCUACUAUUAACUGCAUGCCAAAGUACUCUUUUCAGCAACACGUGCAAGAAAAGGUUCCAAGAGGAUACGGCGACAGUACAGCGGAGGGACGAGGUGUGUCCAGCUCCUGCAGUCAUAACAACUACGAACUGGGUUUGGAUGGGUGUUUUGGUUUGGUUUGUUUGUACAAGGGGCUCUCUUUAAAAUCCCCUCUUCAGCCAAGGUCAGCAUGUUGCUGGUCCAUUCACGCUUUGCUUACUUCACACUAAUCCACCGCAAGAGUGGCUUUAGCAUUAUGUACUACAUUGUGAUUCUGCCCCCCCUUCCCACCCCCACUAAGCUGAGUUGUACACAUCAAUCAGGAAGUCUUCAUGGAGGUAAUUUGUGUGAAAUUGUCAGUGACGGGGGGGGGGGGCAGGGACAGAAAUAAAGCCUCUGCAACAUGAUGUUGUGCUAUGACCAGCUUGGAGAUUUUGCCCUCGCCGUAAAUGUUAUCUGUAUUGAGAAGGUAUCUUAUUCAGCCUUGCAAGAAAUCUGUUUGUUGCUGCUGCUUUUAAAAAAAAAUAGCUGUGAGGUGGAGUUAACUGGGAUAAACUUCCUUAAGUAUCCAAACUGAGGAAUUCUAAAGCCGGAGCUUCUUUUUGCUGGGGGUCAUUCCCAGUGAACGGCUUGUUUGCAACCUUGCAUAAAGUCUGUAGCAGCUUCCAGAUGGCAGCCAAGCAUUAUUAGUGAUAAUACCUUGCAUAGUUCUUGAUGCAAUAUGAAUGCUUCAACAUUU